AUGGCCUGGCCAGCCCUCAGCCGCGAUCUCAACCCAAUUGAGAACGUUUGGGGCUUUUUGGCCCGUGCUGUGUACCGAAAUGGUCACCAAUACGACAGCGUUGAAGACUUGAAGCGACAAAUUGCCAUCGAGUGGGAACGUAUCACGCUAGCGUACUACGACAGCGGCGCCGAGAAUGCAACCGCACCACUUGCCCGUCAAGGCAAAGCACCUCUUCAGCUCCACCGCAACACCGUCUUCGCCCUCGGAUUUCUUCUCACGUGCCUCACGUCAGGUGGACUGUGCUUUGGGUUUGGACCGUUCUACAGUCGCCUUGUGAAGGAAUUGCAGUGGCACGACCUGUGCCCGCCCAACACGACCAAAAGUUGCUCGGACCAAGAAGUCCAAUUGCAGAAUGUGUACUCCACCGGCAUUCUCAUGACCGUGCUGGGUCAAACCGUUUUUGGGACGUUCCUCGACAUGAUCGGACCACGAUACAUGACCGUGAUUGCCUACUUGUUUUCGAUGGCUGGCAACGUAUUUUUGGCAAUGGGCGACUCCCGCGAUGGCACGGACGGCCUCCUCGUCGCCGGGUAUGCCUUGAUUGGGUUUGGCGGGAUGGGCAUCUUGUACGCGUCUCUGCAGCUCUCGACGCUCUUUCGUGAGCCCGCCCUGUACACGAGUGUGCUUGUGGCAGCGUACAGCUUCUCCGGGUACAUGUUUGUCCUGUUGGAGCUCGACAUAUCGAGGCAGACGUUCUUCCUCGCAUAUGCGGUCUUGAUUGGAGUGUCCAUGAUCCUGGUGUACUUAAUCUUCCCCGUGCACCACGUUCUCGGCGAGAGUGUCAUCGUGACGACGCCAGGCUUCCACUUCAUUCCUUCGCACUUCGACACAUCGAAACUCAAGCAGCUCUGGACGGGCUUGAAGCGUCAGCUCAAGCGGCGCGACUUUUGGGUGUAUGUUGCGGUUCGGUCGAUGCUGUUUUUGGUCAUCAUCUUUGCGGGGGGUGCCGUGCCCAGUGUCAUUGCAUCGCUCGUGCCAGACACCAACGAGAGCAGCAGAGACUUGAAGACCUUGUACACCAACUACCUGUACCCGCUCCUUUCGUACUCGUCGUUCUUGUUAUCCCCCAUCUGUGGCUACCUGAUGGUCCACCGCGGGUUCCACCAGACGUUCUUCAUUGCCAUCGCGAUAUUUGCACUGCUUUGCGGCUCGUUCAUGCUGCCGUCGCUUCCUGCUCAAAACUUGAGUUUUGCGCUCAUGGCGGCCGCCAACGCCUUCCUCACGAUUGUGCAAUACGUGUACAUCAUGUCGUGCUUUCCCCAUGAGCUGUACGGAAUGCUUGCAGGCCUCUCGACGGCUCUCGUCUUUGUCUACGGACUGCUCAAUUUCGAUUUGACAGCGCUUGCGCAGUACUCGUUUGGCGAGAACAACAACUACGUAUUCUUGAUGCUUCUUGGGACGACGCUCGCCACGAUCUUCCUCGUGCCAUUCGUGCGACAAGAUACCGACGUCCAUGAAUCGGACCUCCAGCUUGACCUCUUGUCCGAACAACACACUCAAGAAGUGAACCCGCCCGAGGAUGUUUGUUCGGUAUAAGUGACAACGAAGGAUAAACUACCUACAUCCAGGCGUUGACUUGAA